AGUCAAGAUGUCUUCGCCUGACUAUAGUCAGCAGGGGUUUACAGCGAUCCGCGUCGAACUCGACGGUGCGGUCGCUGUUGCGACUCUUUGCCGUGCUAAAGAACGCAAUACAUUCUCUACGGCACUCCACGGUGACCUGAUCAAGGCUUACGACCUUUUCGACCGGGACGACCGUGUCCGCGUCGUUGUCCUGACAGCGGAGCCCACAGCUCCGGCGUUCUGUGCUGGGGCAGAACUCAGCGGCGGCUGGCUAGGCAUGUUCCUCCCCGAGGCCGAGAAGGAGGGAGAGCAUGCCCACAGGGAUGGAGGCGGCCAGGUAACUCUAGCGAUCUUCCGCUGCAGGAAGAUCACAAUUUGUGCUGUCAACGGGCACGCGGUCGGAGUUGGGGUCACCGCGUUGCAGCUUCCUUGCGACAUCCGAUUCGUCUGGGGAGGAGCCAAGCUCGCAUUUCCGUUCGUCCGGCGCGGAAUCGCUCCCGAAGCUGCAUCCUCGUACCUUCUCCCGCGGCUCAUCGGAAACUCUCGCGCGCUCUCACUCUUCUUGACAGGAGCCACUGUGUCCCCGGACUCACCACUCCUCGCCGGUCUGUACCACAGUGUGUUGCCCACGCGCGAGGAGGUCUUCCCGGCUGCACUCACGCUGGCCAAGGACCUUGCAGUGAACACGUCACAAACUGCUGUUGCGGUCACCAAAGGACUCGUUUGGCGUGGACCCGACAACAUCGAGGAGACGCACUUGCUCGACUCACGUGCAAUUCGUGUUUUGGGAGCUGCGGGGGAUGCUGCCGAAGGCGCACGAGCGUUCAAGGAACGUCGUCUGCCCAAGAUGACUGAUAAAUUGUCGGACCACUUGACACCCUGGAUGCCAUGGUGGAGAGAAAUCGAUGUGAACCAUCGCAAGGCGAAGUUGUAGAUGCGGGUCAUUUUUGCUCCUGGCGUUAGCAGGUUGCAAAUCUCAGCCACCACGAUGCUUGUAUUUCGUUGGAGUGUCAAGCGGGGAUAUCUAUGUACGGUAGUGCUCGUCGCAUAGGGCUGGUGCGCCCCGGUGCUAGACUAUUGAGUAGUGG